AUGGAUUUCAUCUACAUCCUGCUCGGCUUCUUCAUCAGCAGUGUUCUGGCACAGCGAUACAUACCUCCAAAGCUCGGCGCGGACGACACCGGCGAUAUCACCAAGCCUGGUCCGUGUCCCGCCUAUCUUCCACCUUUCCCAGACUUCGAGUUUGCCCAUUUGGCUAUACCGGUCUCACAGAACAAGCCUGACACUGCAUACCCCAACACGCUCACACCAUAUGUCACGCCUCUCGACGUCUCCAUGAUCUUCAACUUCGACAUACCACGAUCCCGCAAGGGCCAGCUCUGCGUGCUCGAGUUCUUCUUCCCGUCUCAAAGCCAGUUGAGCACAUCCAACUUCGAAUUCACCGGCGCCUUUGGCGAGUACACCUUCUCUCUCUCGGUCUGGGGCGGCGGCGCGAAGGAGGGUAAUACCACUUACCACAAUCAACCACUGCAAUCAAACCCACACAGCUUUCCCAGAAUCAUCCACAUUAACCCAGGCCACGCAUGGGCGCUGGGCAGCACGAUCUGUGCGCCAGGAAGAUUCGCCGUCACGAUGAGCAGCUCGAACAGUAGUCUGAGGUGGUUUCAAGACUGGAACCAAUGUCCGAUUGGGCUGUUCAUCACCUACGACCCGGAGAUCCCAUGA